CAUUGUGGAUGCCGGGCCCGCCGCCGCCGCCAGCGCGCCGGGACGCACGGGGUCGCCCCCACCUGCCCUCGUCCCGUGCCCCUCCCCCACGCCGGUGGCGCGUCCCCGGGCCCGCGGGCACGCGCGGCGGCGCUCGGGCGUGUGCGAGGCGUGAGGUGGAGAUGGGGGCGGAGGGAGCCGGAGCUGUCACAGGCCCCGCGUCCGCCUGAGCGAGCCAAGUGGGGUGUCAUGGCCGCGGGGGGCAGCGGCUGCACUUCCUCUGCUGGCAGCGGCGGCUGGGGAGUUAGUCCUCGACGCACGGGUCGGUCCCGUUUCCCUCUGUGUGGCGGCCGGCGGGACCAUAAGGGCUUAAGUCACAUAUUUAACCCCCCUCCAAAAAGAUUUGAAAGUAUUCUUGAAGGGCUGUUUGGACCUGCAUUAUUAAAAGAUCUCAGUUUAUUUAAAGAGUGUGAACCUGAAAGCAUUUCUGAUUGGGCUUUUGAUGAAAAUUGUCUGUUCUGUUGCUUGAGAAGACAUAAAGUAAAGGGACAUUUAGUCGGUCUGGAUGAGCCAGCUUCCGGAGCUGGGCAAGAAGCUUUGCUUAAACAAGAGCACGCAAAAAUCACUCGACUCCAGAAACAAGCAGAAGAGUUCCUCAAUGCAGUCUUUUAUAGAAAAGACAGUCCCUGGGUCUCCGACCCCAAUAUUCCCCUAGUGGCCCGUGAGAUCAUGCAGCGAAUGAUCCAACAAUUUGCUGCUGAAUAUACCUCAAAAAAUAGCUCUACUCAGGACCCCAGCCAGCCCAAUAGCACAAAGAACCAAAGCCUGCCGAAAGCAUCUCCAGUCACCACCUCUCCCACGGCUGCAACUACUCAGAACCCCGUGCUCAGCAAACUGCUCAUGGCUGACCAAGACUCACCUCUGGACCUUACUGUCAGAAAGUCUCAGUCAGAACCUAGCGAACAAGACGGUGUACUUGAUUUAUCUACUAAGAAAAGUCCAUGUGCUAGCAGCACUUCCCUGAGCCAUUCUCCAGGCUGCUCCAGUACUCAAGGGAACGGAGAGAAUUCAACAGAGGCACCCGCAGUUGAUUCUAACCAUCAGUCAAAGUCUCCAUUGGAGAAGUUUAUGGUCAAGCUGUGCACUCAUCAUCAGAAGCAAUUCAUCCGGGUCCUGAGCGACCUGUACACCGAAUCUGAGCCAGGCUCUGAGGACCUGCAGCGUUUGGACCCCACAGUGAUGGAUGUCUCCGCCUGCGAUUCAGGUUGUGCCCAGCUGAACAGCAGUGACAAUGAAAAGGGUGACUGUCUUGAGGGAAGCUCUCCUGCCUCUGUGAAGCUGUUCUUAGACUCCUCCGGUUCUCCCAGCUCCCUGAAUGUGACUGAAGAAACCAUGAAGGAACCACCUCCUGAAACAGACUCUGGAGAUGGGAGAGACAAUGCCCUGAGCACUGUCCAGAAAGAUUCCUCUGACCUUCCAGACGCUCCGCAUAACCCCACAGGCUCUGCAGACGACAGUUCCACCCUGGGGGGCCUCAGUACAUUGGACUCUCCCUCUUCGAACUCCCCCCACAGGUCUAAAAGCUUAGAGAGGCAAACCACUGGCCAGGAGCAAGACACAAACAUGCAGCCCUGUGAGGAUGCUGAAGACAGUGCCCCGGCGUCAGCCCAAAGCCUGGCUGCAGCAGAAGUGGCAGCUGAGAACACGGAAGAGGGUGGCAGCUGUGCUGUUGCUCAGAGCAACUCAUUCCAAGCUUUAUCAGAAGAGACGUGGGACUCAGGGCUCGUGGGAAACCCAUCUAGUACUGCAGACAAAGAGAAUGCUUUACAGUGUAGCUCAAAAUCACCCUUACACCGGGAGUUAGAGACGGAUGAGCAAGAUGCAAGGCCAGAGCACGAGAACCAUCUCCACUCACUAGGUAGAAACAAGGCGGGUUUCCAGGCAGAUCCCAGAGACAUGGGCCAUUUUGAUCAUUCCAAAGGCGGUUGGUUAGCUCCCAGCCCCACGCCAACUGUACACAGAGCAUCCAAUGGUCACCCACAAACCAAGAUGAUACCGGCCUCCAUCAAGACUGCUCGGAAAAGUAAGAGGGCAUCAGGAUUGAGGAUAAACGAUUAUGACAACCAGUGCGAUGUUGUUUAUAUCAGUCAACCAAUAACAGAGUGCCACUUUGAGAGUCAAAGGUCCAUACUGUCUUCUCGGAAAACAGCCCGAAAGAGUACCCGGGGAUACUUCUUCAAUGGUGAUUGCUGUGAGCUGCCAACGGUUCGCACACUGGCCAGAAAUUUAUGCUCCCAAGAAAAAGGAAGCUGCUCACCAAUAGCAUCAGAGGCAGUGGUGACUCCCAAGCAGACUCUUACAGUUCCCACCUCAAAGCACAUAGUAGGUGUGCAGCUUCCCGCAGUAGGCGUACAGCUUCCCACAUUAGAUGUCCAGCUUCCCACAGUAGGUGUACAACUUCCUACAGCGGAUGUGCAGCUUCCCACAGUAGGUGCACAACUUCCUACAGCAGAUGUGCAGCUUCCCACAGCAGGUGUACAACUUCCUACAGCGGAUGUGCAGCUUCCCACAGUAGGUGCACAACUUCCUACAGCAGAUGUGCAGCUUCCCACAGUGGAUGUGCAAAUUUCCACAGUUGAUGUACAGCUUCCCACAGUAGGUGAGCAGCUUCUGGAAGAAGAUACCUGUGACGAUCCUAGGAAAGAAAGAGCCUCCCCUGAGGAAGGGGGUGAAGACUCAUCAUCAGCAAAAGAGCAUCAGGAGCCAGAAGUUUGCCUCACCGUGAGUGAACAGGACCCUAGUAGCUUCCCUAGUCCAGGAGAGGCCACAGCCUCUAGCCCAGCAUGUCUUCUGCCUGCUCUCCUUCCCAGUGAGGGUGUGUCUGAUGUGCCAGAAAGCAGCAGUGUGGCCUCGCCUCCCACAGAACGUGUACUGUCUUUCUAUGAACAAGACCAGCCACCGGCCUCCCUGCUAGGUCCAGAGGAAAUGCAGGCACAGGAGUGCCACUUGGAUGUGACAACUGGAAGCCUCCCGGUCGCCUCCCGGGAGGACAGUGAAGACCUCCUGUGUCAACCUCAGCCUUCUCCUGAACCAGUCAUCAGAGAGGAGAGUUCUCCAUGCUCAGAAGAUGAAAGUCCUGCUGUGACUUUAGAUUCUCCCCUAGGGCUAGAACUGUCUGAGCAUGGCCAAAGCACGAGCACUGAGACUGAGACCGGAGACAUCCCUGGGGAGACACUGCUGCUAGAUGGCUCCCUGCCCCUACUGGAGAGCAGCAUUGUCACCGAUGAACACCCAAGCCAGAAGGAAGGAGGUGAGCCUGCGAGUGGAACGGGACACCUGGAGGCGCAUGACAAUGACACAAAAUACUCAGCAGAAAAUGAUCCCAGUGAGCCAAACUCCGACUCACCUGAAGAGAAUGUGGAUAAGAAGAAAAAGGCUAAAAAGUUCCCCGAGGCCUCUGAUAGGUGCCUAAGAAGUCAGAUUGUAGAUUCUUCCUCUGCUGACAGGAACCCAGGAAGCCAGGAUUUGGAUUCUUCCCCUGCUUGUUCUGAGAUCAAGGUUUCUAAAAAUCCUGCUGUAAAGCAUUCUAAAAGAGAAGGGGACUCGGGUGGGGUGACUUCCGAGGGCCCAGUGAUGGACAGUCUGGAGGACACUGAAGACCCUGGUGUCAGUGAACACUCCUCUGAUGAAGAGACCACGCAGGGCGCUGAAGGAGUUGGCAUCAUUACAAGGCAGACUGUUAAAAACAUGCUGGCAGUGGAAGUUAAAAGGGAAGAGGGAGGGACUUCCCCAAACAGUGACCCAACCGCUGCUGGCCAGCCAUUGCCUGGAGACAACCUGGAAACCCAUGUCUGCUCCAAGAUAGAUGAGAGAGAUGCCCAUGUGCCCUCAGAAAACAUUCCUUGCAAGAGGGACCCAGAGCAGGUAAAGGAGAACCCGGGACACAGUGCCACACGGGACACAGAGGCCGCUGUGAGUGAGGUAGACACGGAAGACAGCCACCACAGAGAUGAUGCGGGCCUGGCUCCGUGGACCUCAGCUCGGGUGUCAGCCAGUCAGGGCGGUGGCACUGCUGGACCACCAAAAUCGGUAACAAGGCCUAAGAGACUGCCUCCUGCCUACAACCUGAGACAUGCCUUGAACACUACGAAAAUGACUUCGGAAAAGCAGGUCACACCGGUAAACCCAGCACCAAAGGAAAGUGGGGCUUCUGAGAGUGCAGAGCCCUUCGAUGAGGAAGAUGAGGACACGGAGGUGGAGGAGCAGCCCAAGUUCGUGGGCUGGUGUGCAGAAGAGGAGAACCAGGAGCUUAUCGCCAACUUCAACGCCCACUACCUGAGGGUCCAGAAGGGCUGGAUCCAGCUGGAGAAGGAAGCACAACCCACAGCCAGAGCCAGGAGCAAGUCGGACAAGCUGAAGGAGAUCUGGAAGAGCAAGAAGAGGUCGCGGAAGGGUAGGGGUUCACUGGAGGUGCAAAAAUUUUCUCCUGUUCAGAUGCUGUUUAUGACAAACUUUAAGCUGUCUAACAUCUGUAAGUGGUUCUUAGAGACAACAGAAACUCGGUCUCUGGUCAUCGUGAAGAAACUGAAUACUCGUCUUCCAGGAGACAUCCCGCUUGUUAAACACCCUCUUCAGAAGUACCCCCCUUCCACCAUGUACCCUAGCUCACUGCAGGCAGAACGCUUGAAAAAACACUUAAAGAAAUUCCCCGGAGCCAUUCCUGCUAGGAAUAAUUGGAAGACACAGAAGCUAUGGGCUAAACUACGAGAGAAUCCUGACCAGGUAGAGCCAGAGGCUGGCAGCGACAUCAGCCUUGGCCCUAACAGUGAGGACAGUGUGGAGGAAGUCAGAGAAGGUAGACAUAGCCAUCCCCCCACCAACUUGCCUACUCCAGCCAGCACCCGGAUCCUUAGAAAGUAUUCCAAUAUUCGAGGAAAGCUCAGAGCCCAGCGCCUGGACAGCUCACUGGGUGGGGCUUCUGAAACUAAGCAGGGCCGCAAGAGCGUGUGCAUCAACCCGCUAAUGUCCCCAAAGCUCGCCCUCCGGGUGGGUGCAGAUGGCUUUCCCGUCAACGCCAAGAGAGCUGAAAGAAACAAGGGGCGAAGAGGGAAGCCGAUGCCCGGAACUUUGCUUAAAGUGGACGGUCAGAACAAGCGCAAGAGAGCAGAAGGCUCCGGUUCUCAAGACGGGAAGGACACGGGGCCGGCAACAAAAGCCAGCAGAGGCCUUUCUGCCAAGAAGCUAGCUGCAAAGGACAGAGCCAACCAGCUAUCCAAGAAGAUGACCUUGAAAGAGAAUAAAGUGAGAGUCUGUAGAAAGGGUCCUGGGAGGAGCUGCCCACCAUCCAGGAAAGAAAAAGAGAAUGCAAACAGAAGACCUGGCCAUCCGGCCUCGGCCUCCGAAGCGCUGACAAAGUCCUCAAAACAAAGGGGCGCAAGAGAAGCCUCUUCCAAGGCCCCAAAAGUCAGGAGGAGAAACCGGAAGCUGAGCAGUGGUAGGGGCCGGGCCAGACCCUUGGCUAAAAGCCCAGAGAACCGGACUGCCACGAGGAAAAGAAAGCUCAAGGCCAAGCUGGAUUCUUCCCAGGGCAAACGCAGGCGGUUAGAAGCCAAGUAAAGCCGGAGAGCCGCUGAGAGGAUCGGCCCGUGAAGCAUCCUUUCGUUUUGCAUUAACAGAUUCUGUUUUUAUAAGCUUGUCAAGCCUUUCACGGUGUAGUUACAGGGAACGCCAGUUUGAGAUGUCAGAAAAUGCAUCUUAGCUGGAGAAGGGAACUUGUAGAGUUCUUCUCUGGGGCUAAGGAAAGUUGUAAGGUAUUUUCUGGUUGUUCCUUGGGUUUUAAAACUUGGAACCAAGCAGUUUUUGUUUUAAGAAGUACAGUGCCUUAUUUAUCCUUUUUGUUUAAAAAUUUACAAAAGCUAAGAAGCUGAUGUAUGUGACUAAAGGCUUGUAUUUUAUACUUGACGCACAAGCACUUGUUCUGUCACUGAGGAGGCCUCCGCCACACGUGCACGAGCGCGAGCGUCAUCAGCGGCCUGUGCGCCCCGGGCAGGUGCACCUUGCAGGCCGCAGCACAACUCCCUCUCUGUCUUGUUUGGUUUUUAUUUGAUUGAUAUUUGAAAGCUGAACCAAAUCAUUUCUAUGGUAUGUGGAGAAUGCAGGGGAUUUAUAAUUAUUAUAAAAGAUUAAUAUUUCUGUUACUUUCCUUCCAAAACUCAUAUUGUUGAUUGAUCACCCCUUUAUCUUUUUAUUUUUUUUAAUCAUUUUAGAUCAUGUUCUCAAAUUUGUGUGCCCAUGGGACAAAGAUGUGCUACACUUUCUUUUGUUGUUUUUUGUUUUGUUUUGUUUUGUUUUGUUUUUUGCCUCCAAACUAUGCUACUAUUAACAUGCUGGUCAUUUGACCAUUAGGAUGAGUGACUCUUGUUUUCAUUCUUACACAAAGUAUUUCCCUGGCAUCAGAAGCCGAGAUGUUCUUUGUGGCAGUGGAAGAGCUUAGCUGCGUGCGCGUGCAUGUUACGUGCGUGUGGUUGCCACCCACAGGUGUCUUCUGGUACUAGUUACACAGCAAAAUCCCUCCUUCCCCACGCAGUGUAUCUGUGAGCUGAGUGGUUAGCAAUGGCUGGAAUGUUUGAAAGAAUUCAGUCUCCACAUUUCUAAUCAGACUUCCACAUCAGACUUGGAGAGGUGUGAGCAGUGGCCCUGAGAGACCAGGCGCGAGGCAGCUGAAAGGAGCUGCCCAGGGUCUUAGCGGAGCCACAUCCUCACCCCCAGGUGAGUGAAGCUCCUGGGACUCCCUGAUGUGAGCGUCUUUGCCUGGAGUAGGUGUCUUUUCAAACUGAUAGUCCCGUUCUUGUGGCUAAACACGUGCAGCGUCGCCCUCCCCCACCACGUCAUUCUGUCCCAUGGCUCAGAAAUGAGAAACGCAAUAAUUGGAAGUGAUGUUUGCCUUUCCUUGGUGGAGCCUGACAUGGCCCCGUUGGCUUUACGUGGCGCCUACAGCAUCGCUCCAUUGUAACAGUGUGUACUUGACAUUUCCAUUGGGCCAGUCAGCAAACCCUGGGUGGCCAAGGCCUCCGUCCGCCUUGGCUUUGCCAUGCUCUGUCACCAAAACAGGCUCGCAUGGACAGCUGCUGCCCUGUUCUUCUGAUUAAGUUUCUACCUAAGUUGUUUCAGAUCUUUUUAGAUCAACCCAGAUGGGCUUCUUUUAUAUGCAAAUCAUGAUAAAACUGGCCUUCUACCUAUCUUGCUAUUGUUAAAGGUUUGCUGCAGAUAAUGGAAACUUCUGAUAAUCUGAUAAGACUGGAGCAUUUGAUUCAUGAGAAGGUGAGAAUUGUGCUGAAUUUCACAGAUAAUGAAAGUCAUCAGUUUCUUUCCUUUAUUUUUUGUCACCUCUGUCCCAUAAGCCUCCCCCCUUUCCCCAGUCCCUGUUUUUAUUAUGAUUAUUAUUAUUAUUAUUGUCUUUGGCCUUGACCACUCACAAGCUACCUAUCAUAAUGAGACUGCUGAGUGUAUGCUGGCAACUCUCAGCAUUAGGUUGCACGGAAGCAUUAAUAUGUUUUGAAUAGGUUCUUUUAAUCUUAAAAGAUGGUUUUAAGGCUUAAAAGAAUUUUGCUACAGUUGUCACUGGAUUUUGUCAUGGUGGUGACUUACACAGCUGAGGCUUGCUAAUGUCAGGUGUGCCGACGCCUGUAUAUGAGGAGCCCUUGGCUACCUGGAGAUUUCCUUAUAAGGUGCUUGGGUUAGGUUGGGUGGGUGGGAUGCUUCCAGUUCCCGCCACUUUAUAAUUCAUUCCAUUAUGUUUCUGAUGGUGUUGUUUUCGGUUUUAAAAGUUCACUUUGAGAAAGGCUGCAUUUGAAAAAGCAGUGUGGAAGUGUUUAUCGUAUAACCACCUAAGGAUGAUGUCAGCAUUCUGAAAAUCAGCUUAUAUUUGAUAAUAGUAACUGCAUUUAUUUAUAUUUAUACUUUCUACAAAAUUAUCACAUUCAAGUGAAGUAAUCUCAUUUUUGGUUAAUUUUGUUAAUAGAAGAAAGGAAACAAAAGCAAAACUUUUGUAGCUCUAGGCUUUUCUAUGCCCAGAGCAUGCUGGGAUAUUAUCUCCUCAGCAUCUCCAGGUUUGGCCCUCGCUGCAGUCUCUUUAUGUUCCUCCCUUCCUAUAGUCAUUUUCAGAUAUGACCUGCCACCACAUGCAGUGCACUCUGCCCCACAGUUUUGAUGCUAAGGCGGAAAGGCGUUCUGCUUCUGACCGUCCCUGCACUCAGUAAAGUGGCUGUCAUAGGUGGAGCUGGAGCUGAUGCUAGGGGACUCGUUCCUUCUGUCAGGAGCUGGAAGAUGUCCCAGAAGCUAUCCGAGCAGCUCUGCGUAGCUUCCCUAGAGCACGGCCUUCUUUGGAGAUCAUUUUCUUAUUGGGCUCCCAGGAUGGUCCUGCUCUCUUGAUGGGGGUUCGGAAUUUUAUUCUGACACUUCCUCAGAUAUGUUACAGUCUUUCAGUGCAUUGGGAAGGCCCCAAACCUUGCUCUGUUCUGGGAACCUCCUGCAUAGGAGUGUUGCCUGAGUCUGUUGAUCCACAGUUGAUAGUCCCUGGGAUUCCCUGGCUCUUGCUGGUUUUGUUUUGGGGGUGGGGGGGAGAAAGGCUCUUAAUUGAAGAUUUUCCACUGCCCUUUCUAAACCACAGCUGAGCUGUGGGGUUUGCACCUCAUCAUUCUGUAAUGGCUUAGAGAGAAGAGUUACUUAUCCCUUUCCCCGGGGACCCAGUGCAUCACCCAGCACAGGUGAAUUUCUCACCAUGCACCUAAGUCAUCAGCAAGUAUCACUGCAGGACAGAUGCUAAGCCAAGAAGCCUGUUUGCAGCCUUGGGAUGGCCUCCGUGGUGAGGGCACAGCUACCACUCACUGAUUGGUGGACCUAAGAGGCCCGUAGGAAAUGACACAGUGCUGUGUGAUGCAAACCGGGGGUGCUCCGGUGUUGCCAUCAGCAAGUCUGCCUGCCAUAGACUGAAUAAUCCAAAGAGCUGCCUAGUCACCAGGGAGCCACCGCCAUCCCCGAGGCCUCACAUAGGCCAGCUCAGGCCUCCUCUUAGCUUAAACGAGCAGUCACAGACAAGCAAACUGGGCUGGCUACUCCUGUAUAAAUCAAGUUUUGUCAGCACAUGCCGUUUUUGCUUACUGAUUGUCCAUGAAGUAGACUAAACGCUUGGCGAAGUGGCCAUGAAAAUCCACACAGCCUAACAUAGCUAAAUUUACAUCUUUGAACAAACCUGCUGACCCUGCUUGAGGAAAUAACCGUUUUUUAGGGAUAUCUCCAUUCCUCUCCUGUCCCCACCCCAUCUCAGCUCUGUCCUGUGCACACAUUUGUGUGCUCUUGCUGUAAGAGAGGCAUGUCAUUGAGACAGCUCCCGAGUAAGCUCUGAGCAAUAAGUGCAUCUCCUUUUAAAUCCUUUACCCCAGCCCCACCAUGAGGGCACCACGGCCUCCUGACCCCUGAGCAAGGUGUCUUUGGAUUUCUAAAAUUCGGUGGCCUGGCCCCUGUUCCACCCCCAUAGUUUAUAAUCAUAGAACUGCCUCUGGCUUUACUUGUUUAUUAAAAUAAGCCAAGACUCUCUCUACCGAGAUUAGCUAGGGGUACUUCUGGUGGACAUUUAGUUUUGGGAAAGCCACACAGCCCAGAAACAAAAGCACCGUUUCUGUGUUACCGUUUGUCUGUUUUCAGUCACACACUUUCAAAGGAAUUUUAUUAAAAUCAAGCUAACAAUAAAAUGGUAGUUUUUGAACUGCUAUAGAAAAGAAUGAAAAACAAGUCAAACCUGAGUAUAACUAGGGAGUUAGAGAGUAUAUUUGUAUAUCAGUCAACUUUCAGGGUGUGAGUCCUCCCCUGACCCCAAACUCAGAUAUAAAUUUCUAUUCUGCAUUCCAGAAUGAGGUUGAGUGUCAUGUCAAAACUUUUCAAAAUGGGGCCCUUGUCCCCUAAUUAGUGGACAGUGCUGAAGACUGAACUCUGGGCCUGAUGUAAGUGAGGCAGACAUUCUACCACUGAACUAUGUCCCCUGCUCAAAUUAUUUUGAAUUCUUUCCUAUUGUUCUGUAUCUUCUAAUGACUGGUUAUCCACUGAAAUGUUGGAAUCCCUGAAAUAUGAAGUGUCUACACCCAAAGCAGUUCCCUUAUCCACCCAGCAGGUACUUCUCCCUAUAUCCUUCAAGGAAAAGAUAUUUUUUAAAACUUAACACAGCAGAGCUAGGGAACUAACUCUCAUACAGGGGCUGCAUCCACUCAUACAAGGGAUGCAUUUGCAAGGCUAGUCACCCUGUAGCCCCCACUGUUCUGCCCCCAAGGGACCACUGAUGACAGUGUGCAAGGCCGUUCUCACACAUGCCUUUGUCUUUGGGUUUGAGCCAGCGGUGGUCAGUUCCUGGCGUUACCUUCUCCCUGCCCAGUUGUCCUUUCUCGGGCUUUUGCUGUGUUGGUCUCAGCCUGUCACCUAGCCUGCAGAUUGGCAGCUGCACAGGCACGUGACAAGGAGACCCUGAAGCUUUCACACCCGAUAGGCCCGCCCUGUCUGAUAGAGGUGCAGUUGUGAGCUUCCUGAAAGCGUAGACCACCUGCCUGAAACAGCGGCCCAGUGCCCGCGGUACGAGAAUACACUGGAGGAUGGACGAGCGGCUCUUCACUCUUUGAACUGGAUAAGCAGAAGUAACAGAACCCCUGACAGACAAUGGCCCAUACUGCCUAGAAUACUCACUGCCUGACCCUUAGGUCAGCGUACUGAUCUUCACAAAAGCCGAUAUGAAGUUGUGUGGACUGUCAGGCACACUUUCUUUUUUCCACAUAGGCCAGCAUUGCAACAGUCCUUUUGGGUUUGUGGUAUCUCCUGUGUCAGUCUCAGCACACAGUAGCCAUUGUCCAUCAUUCCUAGUAGCACUUGUAAGGAAGGAAAAGAUUGUCCUUGCUCAUUAGAUACUUGCUGAUGAGUUACAGAUAGCCCACGUCGGCUAGGGUAUCAUUGAAAGUGUAGUUUUGUAACCUAAGAAUGCAAUCAAUCGUCUUACGCAGCACCGUGAACUGGGCUGAUAGAGACAUUCCACCAGCAGUGUUUGACAGACACAGGCUGACCUCCAGUGAUGGAGCAGCCUACAGCAGUGCCUCUCUCAAAGCACAGGAACUGGUAGUGUUUCACACUAACAGCCCCCUGCUCUCUCCUGUAUAGACGGUGUGUGCAGGUUUCCGGUUCUCAGAUUUGGUCAGUGUCUGUGGACUAGAGUGACUGGCCUUUGUGUGUUCGAACCCUGAGUCCAGGCCAUGCUUCUUUUCUCAUGGAUGCUGUGUUGUCCGUGCGCCAGCAUCUUCAGGCCCAGCAAGUCCAGGGCCCUCUAGGCUGCCAGGGAAGCCCAGGCUUGUUCAGGCCUGAAGCAGCUCCUCCUCUGGGGAGCUGUUCUUGGUACAUUGCCUUCUCCCCUCCUGCCUAUGCCACUGGCCCCCUUCCAGGUGGCAUCUUCUCUGGGACACCCCCUCCCCCCAAAGUGCUUCGCUGAACAUAUCAUGAGAAGAAUCUCUCUCCUCCCUCAUCACUAGAUUCUCACCGCGUUUAGUGGUCGCUCACCUCUUGCCCACUCCGGUUGGAACCAGAUGAACAUCUCAUGCCCUGUCGUAGUUAGAGCUGUCUGUUGUGCUUGGAAGCACUUGUGAUAAAGAUGACUACACAAAUACAAUUUGCAUAAUUUUGUAUAUUUAUACCACAGGUAGGGAUUACUGCUAGAGCCACCGUAUCUUAGGGUAAUUGAUUUCACUUGUGGCUUCUGCAUUCUGAGUAGUUCUAGGAGACUGUAUUAGUGAUUGGUUUCAAAUAUAUAGAGUACGUAUUUAUACACACCACUGCGGAGUUUAUUUUAACUGUGUAAAUAGUGGUAUUUUCCUGUUCAGAUGCUUCUAUACAAAGUAUUUAUUUUAACAAAAGUAGUUAGCUGUCAAAAGGGCUUUCCAAACCUGUCCUUGCCAUCUCUUCUCCCAGCUCCCAUGCUCAGCCAUCAGAUGCCUAAACAUCACAGUAAAGGCGGGGCCUGUCACCUUAAAACCCUUGCUGUAUUUGGGUAGACACAACUCGGAUUGGGAACCCUACUGCUGCCCCAGAUUCUCCAUUCCAGACCAAAGUGGAGCUCGGAGAGGUGUGGCUUGGCUCAGCCUAGCAUCCUGGUGUCCCGCAUAGCCACUUACCUAUGCACCAUUGAUGUAGCCAGCCGUUCUCUUCCGUGGUCUGCACGUGGAAGUGACCUUGGUUGUAGUCCUGUGGCAAGCAGCCUUAUGCCUGUGCAAUGAGGAGAAACCACAGUGGUUGCCAGUGUGAGCUUCGCAUCUGGCUCUCGGGAUUUAUGAGAGUCACUCUUUGACACACCCGGAGGAGACACACCUGUCACCUUCUGCACAUAUACAAACCUUGGGAACACCUUGGCUCUCCCCCUCUCCCCUUCUCAUCCAGCAUCUGUGCAGAUGUGGCCCCUCCCACCCAUCUGUAUCCCGGGGCUCUAACAUGCGGUCAGCUUCCCUUCUCAGGAGUCCCAGUCGCAAACCAGAGCACCCUCGAUGGCGUGGGACCAAUGCUCUAUGGUCAUGUGUGGCCCUUUUCCCUGUGCUUCAUCCAUGGGCAUCCCAUCGGUCACUGUGUCACUUGGCUGGGAUGGCUGGGUUGGCCUGCAGCUCCAGGACUCUUGGGUACUUGGAGAGCAAGUAUGUAGGGAUCACUGUCAUCUAUUUGAACUGUAGUCUGCAUAUCUCCUCAUGGGCUCCCUUUGUCUUUUCUGAACAAGGGAGGCACGUGCGUGGUAACGCUGGAGAACGUCUUCUAAGAUGCUUGCUCGUUAGCAAGUCUGCUUCUGAGAUGAAAUGUGAAUGGGUAACUGGGUGCCAGGGAGUUUAGCACUGAACUAGACAGUCAAGACGUUUUAACCUUUGCAGAAAGUAGAUCCUGUUCUCACCUAAAUGUUCACAAGAUGUAAUGCUGUAAAUAGUUUUCUAAAAAAUAUUUAUUACAUGUUCUGUAUACAGACUCACAUUCUGAGUGAUGUUGGUUUGCAUUGUAUUGUAGAAGAUUAUAUUUUGAUAGUGGACUUCUUUCAUAACACAGCUCACUCAUGGAGAAAGAAGCAAACCCAGCAGGUUGAGAGCUGUGUGGGGCUUUGCUCUGUAAUGGACCACCCAAUCCCAGCUUUAGCCCCCUUCUCCCCCAGUGUGUUAUAUAUAUUACAUGAUACAGGUGUACAGUACAGGUCAGUGCUCGGGUCUGCAGAGCACAUUUCCAGGUGUUCUUUCUGAUGUGUUCCCAUAGCAAUAUGACCCCAGGUGCCGACCAGUCCUGUUGUCUCAGAGGAUCGGGUUGGGGACAGCUCUUGCGAUGCCUCUUGCCUUUCCUAAGAGGCUGCUUUACUUGAACUGAUGCUUCUGUUUCUUGUGCAUGCUCCCAUGUCACAAAACUGUAGCAGUGUGUGGGGGUUCUCCCAGCCCCAGACACAGCAAAAGCGGACAUGCCAAUCAAAGGUUAGUGAUUCCCCAGGAAUUUUACUUCCCAGAACAGAUGAGGCAAAGCUCAAUUGGCCAUAGGAUAAAUGUAAGGAAUUUUUACCAGAGAAAUGUAUGUGGCCUAUUAUAUUCCUCCCUCCACCCCGCCCCCGCCCUGUCUGACUCACUUUGGAAGCCAGCCUAUGUCCUGCCUUCUCCUUCUAUGCCUAGGCUCGAGAUGUCCACGGCCCCUAGAGUCUGGCUAGGUUCUUAAUGUGCCCAACCCUUGUUGAGCAGCCUUCCCUUGUGACCGUCCUACGCUUACUGAAAAGGAAUGCCCACACCCUGAUGCCCAUUGUUAGAAGUGAUGUAGUUUUUUAGGCUUUUGGAAUAUGUGGGGGUUUUGUAUUUCUGAUGAUGUUUGGGAUUUUUCACUAGUGUUUUUUAGAUUGAAGUGGGUGCGUUAUGGUAAACUUUCCACUGCUGAGCCCAAAAGCGUGCAGAGGAGAGAACUUGCCCUGCAUUGUGGUAUUGGGGAGGUGACUACUUAUGGCGAGGGGGUGGGGGAGGGUCUUGUAGAUGAUAUGGGGUUGAAAUAGAAAUUCUGGCCAGAGGUUUCCUAAGUCUUUGAUAUUUUGUAAUGAACCCCUCCCCCACAUUAAUCUUUCUAAAUCUCAAUGUAAGCCUGCUGUUUACCCUCAGGGAACAAGUGGUUUUCAAAAUUGAGCUCCUCCAAGGUCCUGGGCCAGCGCCCGCGUGCGCUGGCCAUCUCUGUGAUCUCGUGGCAUUGUUUCCCCAUAUGCAUUAUGACAGUAAGAAGUUCAGCCCCACCCUGUAUGAAAAGCACAGCCCAGUGCCCUAAUUUAGGCUUGUGUCGUUGCCUUUGAGGGCCUGGGGGGAGGUCCUAGGAGGUCCAUGCAAUUUAACUGAAGCUCAGGUGUGCAUUGGAUUUUGCUUCUAUUAGGCCACAACCCUUCAGAAUGAGUUUAGGGCAGGGGCUACGGAUCCGGCUCCAGAUUCAGGAAGCUGAGUCUCCACCGUUCCUUAAGUUGUCACUGGUCCCCCCUGGUGGUGUUGCCAAGGUCAAUCUUGUAGGUGUUUGGAUGUGCUCCUUUUUGCUGUCUUGUGAGUUGUAGCCAGUGCUCCAGAUGCCCAAGGGUGGGGCCUCUGGAAGGUCCAGCCCUCCCUGACCCCAGCGCCUUUCAGACUAAUGCAAUGAGAAGACUCUGCAAAUGGCCACCUGGCAGGACAGCAUGUGCCUCUUGGGCCUGGAUUCCACUGUUAGUGAGUGUAGGAAAAUACUGUGUCUUUAAUGGAUGAAAAUUCAAUGUAUGCUGUGAAUUUGUUGGUUUGAAACAUUGAAAAUUUUUCAUUAGACAAUGUUUACAUACCUCACCUGAAGAACCUUUGAGAGUGUAUAUAUGAAAUUUAAAAAUAUAUUAAGUUGCUUUAAACAGUAUGUAUAGCUAUAAAAGUUGGAGUUAUUUUAACUUUGAGUAUGUACCAAGUCUCUUAAAUACUGAAAUCUCAUAGACUUUCUGGCUUCUGUGUUUUGCUUUUCCUGUUGGACCACAUAGAUAACUGUGUUUUUGUUCUUGAUAAAUGGGGCCCACACCGAAGUCCAGGCUUGUAAGGAUUUUCUGGUUUGGAUUUGAGGGAAUGGGUGUGGAGCUAGAGGGUGUGGGGGAGGGAGUUCUCUAACAUUGAUAUCUGUGAGCUUUUUCAAGGCGCUUAUUUUAUUGCAGCAUAUUAAAGUUCUUUGAUAUUAAA